AUGACUUCAACUAUCUUGUGCCGAGCAACUCGGCAAAACCAUCAAAUAUUAGUUUAUGUUAUUCGUAAUUCAUCGUCUACAUCCACUCAAACGUCUAUUCGAUGGAAACGUCUUGCGUAUCAAAUUGGUGGUGGUCUUUUAACUACUGGUGCUUUAGGUUAUGCUUGGGCUCAUUCACAAGCACUUCAUGCGUCCGGUAAUAAAGCACAUUUAGUUCCAUUACCAUGGUCAUUUAGUGGGGCAUUCGAUUCACUUGAUCAUGCAUCGGUACGCCGUGGUUUUGAAGUUUAUAAGCAAGUUUGCGCUGCUUGUCAUUCAUUGAAAUUUGUUGCUUAUCGUCAUUUGGUUGGAGCUACACAUACGGAAGCAGAAGCUAAAGAAAUUGCUGCUCAAGAUUUCAUCAAAGAUGGACCUGAUGACAAAGGUGAAAUGUUUACUCGACCUGGUAAACUUACCGAUUAUUUACCGUCACCUUAUCCAAAUGAUAAAGCAGCUAAAGAUGGAAAUCAAGGAGCUUUACCGCCUGAUCUUUCACUUAUUACACUUGGUCGUGAGGAUGGCUGUAAUUACAUAUUCAAUUUGUUGACUGGCUAUCAAGAUCCACCAGCUGGUGUAAAAGGUGAACCAAAUCUUCAUUAUAAUCCAUAUUUUAGCGGUGGUUGGAUUGCUAUGGCCAAACAAUUAUACGAUGAUCAAAUUGAAUAUUCGGAUGGAACAAAAGCUACCGAGUCUCAAUUAGCUAAGGAUGUUACUGAAUUUCUUAAGUGGACGGCAGAACGUGAACACGAUGAUCGUAAACGAUUAGCUCUCAAAGCAGUUCUAAUUUUUGUUCCUCUGGUCUUCAUAACUUAUCAUUGGAAACGUGUUAAAUGGGCAACAUUGAAAUCACGCAAAAUUUCCUUCUACAGACCAAAACCAAAAGACCAUUAA